ACAAACCCGUAGUCAAACACGGGGGGAUUUGCCGCCGUCCCAAUGCCCAACCCGUCGCUCCGCCGCCUUCUCUCCUCCCGGCGCCACCCCCUCGCCACCCACCACCAUCUCCGCUGCCGCCACAGCCUCUCCGCCCCCUCAGCGGCCGCCGCCGCCGCCGCCACCCCAGCUCCAUCCCGCGACCGCGCCGCGCGCCUCGCCGCCGCCGUCCACGGCGCGACCGCGGCCAAGAACUUCGCGCACGCUAUCCGUUUGACGAAAUCCCUCGUCCAGGCCUCCUCUUCGUCCCCCGGCCGAAGCCCCGCCUGCAUCGUCCCCACCGCCGCCGGAGCAGCCUUCGCCGCUCUCGCCUCAACCUCCAGCUCCCCGACCCCAGCGCUCGGCGUGCUCGUCAUCGCCCUCUGCCAGAUGUGGCUGCUUGACGAUGCGCUGUCCGUGUUCCGCCGCCUUCGGACGCUGCCGGAGCUACCGGCGUGUAACGUGAUUCUGGAUGGGCUAGUCAAAGCGCGCAGGUUCGGGUGCGCCUGGGAGCUGUUCGACGAAAUGCUUAGCCGGGGGAUGGUGCCAAGCGUGGUGACGUACAAUACGCUCAUCAAUGCGUGCCGGCAUCAGGGUGCUGUGGCGAAGGCUCAGGAAGUGUGGGAUCAGAUGGUGGCGAGGCGGAUUGAUCCGAAUGUGGUCACAUACACGACGAUGAUAUGUGCGCUCUGUGAAGAGGGCUGCAUUGGUGAUGCUGAGCAGAUGUUUGAUGCUAUGAAGGAAGCAGGGAUGCAGCCUAAUCUGUACACAUACAAUGUGCUGAUGAGCAGCCAUUGUCAAAUACAUGAUGUCAACCGUGCAUUUGUGCUGUACCAGGAACUGCUGAAGAGUGGCCUCGUUCCAAAUGCUGUUAUCUUUACAACCCUGAUUGAUGGUUUCUGCAAGGUGAAGAGGUUCAGUGAAGCAAAGGAGAUGUUUCUUAGCAUGCCCAGCUUCGGGGUUGCUCCUACAGUUCCUGUGUUUAACAGUUUGAUGGAUGGAGCUUUCAAAUCUGGAAAUCCACGAGAAGCAUUAGCAGUUUAUCAGGAGAUGACUCACCUAGGGUUGUGUCCAGAUGAGUUCACCUGCAGCAUAGUUGUGAGAGGCCUUUGUGAUGGAGGGCAAACACAGGUAGCGGCCAGGUUCCUUGAAGGAGUGAGGCAAUCUGGUGCUAAUCUGAAUGCAGCUGCUUACAAUGCACUGAUUGAUGAGUACUGCAAGAAUGGGAAUUUGGAGGAAGCGCUGUCAACAUGCACAAGAAUGACUGAGGUUGGAAUUGAGCCCAAUGUGGUGUCAUACUCCUCCUUGAUAGAUGGGCAUUCAAAGGUAGGGAAUACGCAAUUAGCAAUGGCUAUAUACACUGAGAUGGUUGCUAAAGGGAUUGAGCCUAAUGUGGUUACAUACACUGCUCUUAUUUGUGGCCAUGCCAAGAAUGGUGGCAUAGAUGCUGCUUUUCUUUUGCUUAAGGAGAUGACAGAAAAAGGUAUUUCACCUAAUGCUAUUACAGUGUCAGUUCUCGCUGAUGGUCUGUGCAGAGAGAAUCGGGUUCAGGAUGCGGUCAGGUUUGUGAUGGAGUACUCAGGGAUGAAGUACAAUGAUCUUCAUUCUUUCUUCUCAAACUCUACGACUGAAGAAGACCAUUUGAUUCCAAACUGUGUGAUAUAUAUGACAUUGAUAUAUGGACUCUACAUAGAUAGCCAACACUACGAAGCUGGGGAAAUAGCUGAUGUUGGCCGUGGAGCCCUAGUGCCCUACAGAAGGUGCUGGUUGCAAACUGACGCGCCAACCAUGUGCCCAUGUUUGGUUAGGCUAUGGAGUAGCAAAUCCUAAAAAAAAAAAGCAUUGAGGUGUUCAGGAUUUCAGGAACUAUCCAAAGUCACUUUAAUUGAUGGUUGACAGGUAACAUUAUUUCUUCUGUUAUUUAGCAGGCCUUCCUGAUCUCACAUUAAUACAUAUAUGUUAUUUGUCUUAGCCUGCUGGAUCUCAUAUCCAAUAAAUUCAUGAUUGAAUUAACUUAAUUCAUUAAGAUUGGGAUUCAAAAUGUUGCAUGUCUAGACAUCUCCACUUAGUGUGUUUUUACCUUGCAUAUAAGCAUGCCAACUUGUAUGUCUCUAGGACUGCACAUGAACUUUUGGUUACUGGUAGGUUAGUGUAGCAUGCAAAAACUAAUAGUGCCUGCAGGAUGUGCUUAUCUAGGUCAACUUUCAGUGUCUAUUGAAAUGUUCUGUUUCAAUGGUUGGAACUUGGAAGCUUAUUGUCAAGGGCGUUAGCACACAAGACAGGAGGGCCACGAAUACGGAGCUCGUAGCCUUGGCCGGCAAUGGCGCUGGGGAUUUUGCUCAGGCGCUCUAUGGUGGAAGGAGAGAGAGGUAGAGAGAGAAGAGGGAGAUUAGGGAUAACUGUGAUUGCUUAAUCUUUAAGAGUGCCGAUUACAUCCACUAAAUAGGCUCAUGACCGGUUAACAAGAGGGAACAAACCCCUUAAUUGUAGCUAAUUUGCAUGCUAACAUGCCUAAACUUGUGCCUAACCAGUUGGCGCCGCCGGCUGUUGCUCCUGUGGGCGCGAUCGGCGGCUGUAGUGCCGGCCCCACAUGACAUCUCUACCCCCCUCGACGAGCAGCUCGUCCUCGAGCUGGAAGCUGGGGUAGCGGUCGAUGAAGCCGUCGGCGUCCUCCCAGGUAGCAGAAACGGCGGACUCACCUUUCCAGUGAACCAGGAGUUGGCGAACACCUUUGGCCAAGCGGGAACGGAUGACACGUUCAGGUUCUGGAACGGCAGCGCCAUUGUGAACCGGCGGCAGGCUCGGCGGCGCGGUCGGAGGCGUUCCCACGAAAUGCUUCAGGAGGCCGACGUGGAACACGUCGUGGAGUCGAGCGCGGGGUGGAAGCUCGAGCUGGUAGGCGACCGCGUUGACGACGGCGAUGAUGCAGUAUGGCCCAUAGUAGCGAGGCUUGAGCUUGCCAGCCGUGGGCGCCUUGAGCGAGGACGCCGAGCGUUGGUGCAGGCGGAGCCAAACCCAAUCGCCGACGACGAAGCGGAGCUCCCGGUGACCCUUGUCGUAGUGGCGUUUGUAGACCGCCUGGGCUUGCUCGAGGCGGAGACGAACAUUAGCGAGGAACUCGUCGCGCUCCGCCAUGUUCUUGGCGACCGCCGCGACUCGUGUCUCCCUCGGCUCGUACGAGCGAAUGGAGGGGGGGUCCCGGCCGUAGACGACCCUGAACGGCGUGUCGCGGAGGGCUGACUGGUAGGCGGUGUUGUAGAUGUACUCCGUCCAUGGGAGCCAGCGUAGCCACUGUCGGGGACGAUCGCCGGUGAAGCAGCGCAGGUACAUGACGAUGACCUUGUUGGCUGCCUCCGUCUGGCCGUCGGACUGGGGGUGGAAAGCCGAUGUCAUGUGCAGCUUGGCACCGAUCAGAUGCAUGAGCUCGCGCCAGAAUUUGGAGGUGAAGACGAGGUCCCGGUCCGAGACCAUGGACUGUGGCGAAGAAGUCGACCGAUCAUGUGGAACGCCGUGUAGUCGAACGAUCUCGGCGAAGAAGACGUUGGCCACUGAUUCCGCUGUGUAGGGGUGCGCGAGGAGGAUAAAGUGGCAGUACUUGCUGAAUCGGACGACCACUGUGAGGAUUUUAAAUAUGGCAAAACUAUCACUUAA